UCUGGGAGCUUCCAGUUGAAAACACUCGUGCCCCGGAAAAUAUUCUCCCGUCCAGCAGCUUAUCCUAGAGGCGAGCUUAGCCUAGCUUUGCUGCAGCCUCCUUCGGAUAACCUUGGAGCUCUUCUCACGUACCGGUACAUAGCGAUCAUCUCACAACUUUCCAGGAUGCCGGAGCUGGAGCCACCGUUCCGGCCGAGGGAGAAACUUCUCGAGGUGCAGAGAUACUUCCAGAGCGUCCACAAGCACACCUACUUGAAGGCGCGGUACGACGCGAUCACGUCCGUUGGCAUCCCUCUCGCGCUGGCCGCCUCCAGCUUGUUCCUCAUCGGAAGAGGAGUCUACAACAUGUCCCAUGGCAUCGGAAGGAAGGAAUGAAGGGGGCCUAGUCGGUCAGUCCAGUUUCGUGCCGUCUUCGAUGGCCUGUGACAUGGCAUCCUCGUAUGUUGUUCGUCGUGUAUCAGUACCUGGUAUCGCGGGUGUGACGCGGUUGUAAUUUGUAAAACUGCUCUGUGCAUCUGAACCGUGUUUCUUUGCAUGUCCAGCUUCUGAUGUGGUUUAAUUUGCUUCGU